AUGCCCCUGGCAGGCUAUGUGGAAGCCUCGGUUGCUUGCACGGGCAGCAAGCCCCACCUCCUCCGCUGGCCUUGGUCAAAGGCACCGGAGCAUCUGAGCUGCGAGGAUCCGGCUGUGCGUGACAAGUAUCGCUGCGAGGCGCCGAACAUAGACAAAACAGACUGGCCCGUGCAGUGGGUGCCGUGGUUGGAGCAGUGCCGCAUCAGACCCCAGAAGAUCUUAUUCUUGGGGCUUGGAGGUGGCUACUACCAGAGCUAUCUGGCAAGUCAGUGCCCAGCUUCUCGGACGUUGACUCUGGAAAACAACGCCACCAUCGUAGAGGCUGCUCGCGACUUCUUCGGCUUCCAAGGUGACGUGAUGCUGGCAGAUGCAACGUCUGGCAUGAAGCACCUGCUGAAGCAUGGUGAGAAGUUUGAUGCCGUCAUUAGUGACUUGGGGCAGCGUCAGAUGGAGUCCCGUGACCUGAAGCUGGCACAAAAGCUGCUGAGACCAGGUGGCACGUUUCUCUUUCAGUGGUGUUAUGGUGGACUCCGCAAGCAUGAGAUGAAGCUAGACAAAAUGAUGGAUGCUUGGCUUGUCAUGGUUUGCCUCGUAUGGGCAUGGAUGCUGUUGCUCAAGAUCCAGAUCUUCCAGGUGGCAGAUACACUUCCGAACCUGACACCGGACGUCAUUAGCGACCCAGAGAUGUUCUAUCCAAUUGGUACGCUGGUUCCCAACAUGGAGCUGGUGAUGGGGUUGCAGGCCCUGCUAGGACUUAUCACUUGGCUUCGCGUCCUCAAGUACUUGACGCUCUCGCGCACGUUCUUGCCUUUUGUGCGAGUCUUCGAGCGCUGUUUCAUAGCCUUGAUCAAGUAUUCAGCGCUGCUGUCCGUAGCACUCUUUGGGUUUGCGGUGGCUAUUUACAUCGGCUUCGGAACUGAGGCUGGCAUUUACAACAGCAUCUGGAGCACUUUCGUUGCAGUUGCCGUGGCGCCAGCGGGUGGUGUCGACUUGGGCCCGGUGACGGACAAAAACAACAGCUUGGACGGAAGCUCAAGUCUGGUCGCUCCAAUCAUCUUGUUCUCUUACAUCAUUGUCGUUGUCCUUUUGGUGCUGACGACGUUCAACGCUAUCCAGAUCGACUCGUACAGUGUGACCACGUACGAGCUGUCGACUCUAAAGCGGCAUAAAGCGCCUGGUGCUGGCGGCGACCCGACCAUCAUAUUUAUCUGGACUUACUUGAACGCCUUAAAGGGUGUGAAGCUGGUCGGGAAGGCGCCUCAUAAUGUCCUGUCCACGAGUCUCCAGACCAGUCCAGACCAUGUUCGAACGUUACCACUUCGAUGUUGA